AGUAAGCACACUAAAUUAUACUUAUGUACUUAUUUGUUUAUUUAUUCAUUUGUGUGUAUGUUUGAAGUAGGAAAAAAAGGGAGGUUAAGACUUUUGACUGUACCAUGUCCCAUGUCCCUCGUUCCCAGCUCCUCACCUCGUUUCGUUUAAGAUGUUUCGACGUUAAUGAACCUGAUCAAAUUCUGCUUAGAACCCCCGAAACCCUCCCUCAACUGGUUUGCCGUCUACGAUCCCAGAUUCCAAAUUCACAUUCCGCAGUGCCUUCCAACGCCAACAGUUGAAAAUCCCCAAAAUUAAGCCCCUUCUUUGGGAUCCGGCUCUGGUAAGGUUUACUGGGUAAAUUUAAUCAAGUGGUGGGGCAGCGUUGCACUAGUCCUUGAACAUAUCCUUCAGUGUGCUCAUAAACUAUUACGUUGGGAGCUAGAAACUUUCUCCCAGAUUCCACCUCCCCACAAAUCCAUGUAAUCCCUCACCGUUCAGAAAAUAUCCCAUUUCGUCUGUCUCUAAGAGGACCAUCCCACUACAGCAUUCUGAUCCCACCUCGGCAAAUAAGAACUUAGUCUUCACCGACCAAUUUGAUUCUGGGAUAAGAUGUUUUCACUGGUUCUCGAAACAAGACUUCAGAGUAUGAAGAUGCCUCGGACCCCUUGUAAUAUACUCUUUGGGUGCCAAACCACACACCUCUGGUCAGUGCGGUUUAUACUGUACCAUGGAGUCGCUCAAGCGUUCUUUUCAUUCGUCUCUUGGAAUAAUAUAACACAUCAGUGUUCGUCUGUUCCGUCGAGGGUUUCAAGCACACCACACAUCCUCGCCCACUCUUCCCCUGUUUAUUCCCUUCGCCCUCGCCGCCAAACCCUCGCAGCUGUGUGCUCUCUCCUCGCUUCGAAUUGCUCGAAUCUGCGCUAACAUGAGGGCUCUGUGCCGCAUGCAAGCAACGUGAGAGCGAGGAGCCGCUGCGCUAACAUACACGCCGUGACAUCUCUGUGCCGCAUGCAAGCAACGUGAGAGCGAGGAGCCGCUGCGCUAACAUACACGCCGUGACACCUCUGUGCCGCAUGCAAGCAACGUGAGAGCGAGGAACCGCUGCGCUAACAUACACGCCGUGACAUCUCUGUGCCGCAUGCAAGCAACGUGAGAGCGAGGAGCCGCUGCGCUAACAUACACGCCGUGACAUCUCUGUGCCGCAUGCAAGCAACGUGAGAGCGAGGAGCCGCUGCGCUAACAUACACGCCGUGACAUCUCUGUGCCGCAUGCAAGCAACGUGAGAGCGAGGAGCCGCUGCGCUAACAUACACGCCGUGACAUCUCUGUGCCGCAUGCAAGCAACGUGAGAGCGAGGAGCCGCUGCGCUAACAUACACGCCGUGACAUCUCUGUGCCGCAUGCAAGCAACGUGAGAGCGAGGAGCCGCUGCGCUAACAUACACGCCGUGACAUCUCUGUGCCGCAUGCAAGCAACGUGAGAGCGAGGAGCCGCUGCGCUAACAUACACGCCGUGACAUCUCUGUGCCGCAUGCAAGCAACGUGAGAGCGAGGAGCCGCUGCGCUAACAUACACGCCGUGACAUCUCUGUGCCGCAUGCAAGCAACGUGAGAGCGAGGAGCCGCUGCGCUAACAUACACGCCGUGACAUCUCUGUGCCGCAUGCAAGCAACGUGAGAGCGAGGAGCCGCUGCGCUAACAUACACGCCGUGACACCUCUGUGCCGCAUGCAAGCAACGUGAGAGCAAGGAGCCGCGGAUGGGAUGAGGAUUGGCAAGAAACUAACGGCGCAUUAAACACCAUAUCACAAUUGUAUCCUCGCUUGCCUUGUGUGCAUUCAAAUUGAGAGAUAGGAGCUGAUUUGAAUGAUUUAAAGGACAUAAGUGUAUUUCAACCUGGAAUUUGGUAACAUCUUCAAACUUGUUCGUCUAAGAAGAUUCUUAGUCCAUUUUGAGGAUUAAGCUUUUUCUCUCACAAUUGCAAUCUCUGUGUGUCAUAUAUCUUGAAAGACUCAAUGUUUUCAACAAAAGGUUUGACUUGGAGCUCUUCCAUUGCUAAGUAAUACUCAACUUUAGAGGCUGAUCUCAUCUACUUUAUCAUCAAUCGUGGAAGUGUUGGUGUUCAUUUUGAUGUACUAAAUGACAACAUAUUUCCAAGGUUUAGUGGCAAUCAAACAACAUUUCAAGAAUCUAUGGUUACUUGAGUAAGCAAAGGAGUAUAGUCAAGAAUCAAAUGCUAUUUAUUUUUUAAGGUAGGUUUUAUUCAUAUAAUUGAAGUCAUAUUACACAUAUUAUUCAAAUAUUUACCAUGGCUUAUCUUGUGAAGUUUUUCACAAAGUAUGCUUUAGUAACAUGGAGGUUUUUAUUUUCUUAUUAUACAUUGGGAUUUGCAAUUGUUAUGAAAUUUUGUAACAAUUUUGUGGAGAGUAUUGGAGUUGUAUUCAAAGCAAAAGUUGAUAUAGGAGAUGUGCUUAUUCAAUGCUAUAAUUACAAUCAAGAAAUUGAGGUAUUAUUAAAGACUAAAGUCUUUUUGAAUAGAAAUCAAUGUGUAAAUAUUUGCAAACCACUUGGCCAUGUUAUCAAAGUAUUUGAAGGCUUGAGAGCUUGUAGCAAAGAAAGAAGCAAGUAUUAAUUUUUAUUCUAUGAAUUUCAAUACACAAUAUUGAGGAUAUAUAUGUUGAUAAAAGAUUGUGCACAACAAUAGUGGUGUAAAGCAAGUAUCUCUCAAAUGGAGAAUAAAGAAAUGUUUAGAGAGUUAUUGUGGGACUUGAAGACUUGUUAUGAUGUAGGAAUUGAUUUACUUUCAAGGAGUGUCCAAAAAUGUUAGAGGACAUAAUACCAAUAUUAUUUGAUAUUUCUACUUAUAAAGAAGUUAAAGAUGAUGGUGAAGAACUUUACAAAAGAUUGGAUUACACAAGUAAAGAUAUGCAAUUUAAAGAUCAUGAAUUGGCAACCUAUCUAUUGAUAAGAUUGAAGGACUUAUGGCACAUAGAAGGUGGAGGGUUGGAUUCUUUAGAAGUAUUAAGUGAUAUCAAAAGUUUAGAAUUUGUGAAAAAAAUAAAUGAACGUUCUUAUGGAGAACUCUAUGAAUCAAAGUGGUUUGGACUUCCAAGUGCAACAAAAAUAAUGGAUGUUGAGUUUAAUGCAAUGUUCAUGAAAGAAGUGGGUGUUUUAGCUAGUACAAGCCAUCCAAACUUGAUCAAAUAUUAUUGUGCUGCUAAAAGUAGUACAAAUGAAAAUGGAGAGGCUUCAAUAAUGAAUAACUCAAGUGGAAAAUUAUAUUUGGUGAUGGAGUUGAUGCGAAGAAAUUUGAGCAACAUAUUGGAGGCAAAUAGAUCAAUGCUAUAUUACUUUCUUAUUGAUGUUAUUUAUCAAAUUGCAAGAGGGAUGUGUUAUUUGCAUGACAUGCAAAUUGCACAUCGAGGCUUAAAGCCGGAAAAUGUGUUACUCAAUAUUAUAGAUGAUGGUAGAUCCAAUAAUGAUUUUCAAUAUGCUAUUGUAAAGUUGAUUGAUUUUGGUUGUUCAAAGAUCAAUGUAGGAAGGAAUCCUAAAGUUAACAAAAAUAAAUACAUGUAUGGAACUCCAAUAUACACAGCUCCAAUUAUUAAAAAGUACAAUAGAAUCAAUAAGACAUGUGCUUUUGAAGCAGAUGUGUAUUCUUUUGCAAUGACAUGUUCUAAGAUUCUUUCAAGAAAUGAUCCAUUUAAAGGUGUGAACAAAAUAGAAGAUAUAUUAAAAAGAAUUGAAAAAGGUGAAAGACCAAAGUUACCUUCAAAUUGUAAUGAUCUUAGUAAAUUGAUCCAAGAAUGUUGGACUUUGGAUCCUUCACAAAGACCAAGUUUUGCAGAUAUUUGUAAGAGACUCACAACAUUAAAGAAAAAAAAUACUUGGUGGGAAUUGAUGUAGCCAAAACACCUUAUUUUGGAGCAUUUAAGAAAGAAGAAUCUGAAAGGAGUAAAUCAAAAGAUGUGCAUGUUGAUGAUAUAUUAGUAAAUUUUAUAUUAGAUUUUUUUUUGAUUUAUACAUUGAAUCAAUUUGUUUGAUUUUUAGAUCUACAUACUUAAACAUAUAUUUAUUUAUAAUAUUUUAUUAAAACAUGAAUAUGUGGUUGGAUUGUUUUGAUAGUAAUUGUGAUACAAAUUAUAUUUGCUUUUAAUUUCAUGAUUUGAUUAUUUGAACAGGGUCAUGAUUAUGAAGAGAAGUUAAUGGGUGUAGAACAAUAUUUGUCACACAUCAAACAACUAUGUGAAGAAAGAUCAAAUGCAUUAUGUUUUGUUGGUAUGGGUGGAAUUGGAAAGACUACAUUAGCAAAGGCUACAUUUGAUAACAUGCAACAUAUGUAAAAUGUAUCAUGCUUUGUUGAAAGUAUUCAAGAUAAAGAUGAUGGUUUUUCAAUAAUUUACAAAGUUUUAAACCAAUUAUAUUUUCAAUCAAAACCAAGGAAUUUAGAAGAGGCAUAAGUUAUGAUAAAAGAAUUAUUGGUGAGCAAAAAAUUCAUGUUAAUCUUAGAUGAUGUGAAGAAUGAAAGUCAUAUCAAUGAUGUAGUACCUACAAAUAUUCUAAAUUCCAACAAAAGUAGCUUAUUAAUUGUGACAAUACGAAAUUGGAAGUUAGUAAAAGACUAUCCUACAAAAUUUUAUAAAUUUGAUGUUGAAGAACUUGACAAAGAUGCAAGUUUGAAGUUGUUUACAACUUAUUCUUGUAAGGAUGAUGAUAAAUUACCUAAAGAACUUAUUGAGGUUGGCAAACAAAUUGUAAGAUCUUGUAAUGGACUACUCUUGAGUUUGAAAGUAAUGGACUCAUUUUUAGGAGGAGAAAAGAAGUUGAGAUGUUGGGAAAGAGCUUUACAAAAUUUAAAGGGAGGAAGAGAUUUGGAUGGAGAUGAAGAAGAUAGUAAUCAUAAACUAUGGCUUAUUUUAAAGAUAAGUUUUGACACCUUAAAAGAUGAAGAAAAAAAUAUGUUUUUGGACAUAUGUUGUUUUUUUUGUAAUAAUGUGAAUUGGAGUGGUACAAUAAAAGAAACUAUAUUACAAAUAUGGACCCAUAAAAAAAGUGGAGUUGACAAGCAAGAUGCAAGUAUUGUUUUAAAUACAUUGGUCUAUCAAUCAAUGAUAAAAAUAGAAAAGAAUAGAAUAAUAAAAGUAUAUUAUCAAUUACAAGACAUGGGUCGAAGGAUUGUUGAAAAAGAAAAAGAAUUCAAAGACACGCGAAUUUGGAAUGUGAAUAUGGUGCUAAUGUCCGGAUUAACAACAAAGAUAAUUCUUUCAAAUAGUAAUAGAAUAAUUUAAAUAAAAUUAUUGAUAUAGAAUUAAUAAAAAAAAUAUAGAUAGUAAAAUAUAAGAAAUUUUAAUAUCUUCCAAAAAUAAUUUUAUAUUAUCUAUGUUGCAUUGUAAAAUACUUAAAGAUUUAAAUAUAUUUUAUGUAUUUGAUAAAGCAAUGGAUUGUAAUUUCUAACCAUUCUUUUAUUAUGUUGUUUAUUAGUUAGAAGGUAUAAUACUUGGUCAUGAUAUGAAGAAUAUUUUGAAAAGAUUCAUCAUCAAAGAAUUAUACUUUUGUUCUCUACGAAUACUUAUAUGUAAUACUAAUGGAAAGUUAAAUCAAGAUAUCUUUGAAAUAUUUUUGUUUUUGGUAAAAAAUGCUAACAAAUUAAAAAUUUUGUUAUUACAAAGUAACCUACCUUACUUUUUUUAUUCUUCCAAGAAAAUAAAGUUACCCUCUGUAAUGUGCAAUGAAGAUUUUUGAAAAGUAUAUGAACACUUAACAAUAUUAAUUUUAAGAAAAUUUAUAUUUGGUGAAAUAAUAUCAACAACACUAUUUACAAAUAAUACAUUAUUAAGACUUGAAUUAAAUAGGACUACUGAAUUCAAAGUAUUACCAAAAGCUAUCAAAUACCUAAAAUCUUUAAUAAACUUUAGCUUACAAAAUAACAUAAAUUUAAAAAUAAUGUUUUAUGAAUUCACAAACUUAUAUUUUUUGUUGACACUUGAUUUGAGUGAUUGCUCAAGCUUGAAAACAUUGCCAAAUAAACUUAUGAAUCUUUCUUCUUUGAAAAAAAUUAAUUUGAAGAGCUGUUCAAGCUUAACAAGCUUGCCAAAUGAAUUAGCAAAUCAUUCUUCCUUGACAAAACUUGAUUUGACUGGUUGCUCAAGUUUGACAAGCUUGCCACAUGAAUUGGCAAAUCUUUCUUCUUUGACAACACUUUAUUUAAGUGGUUGCUCAAGCUUGAGAAGCUUGCCACAUGAAUUGACAAAUCUUUCUUCUUUAACAACACUUUCUUUGAAAGGUUGCUCAAGCUUGACAAGCUUGCCAUAUGAAUUGGCAAAUCUUUCUUCUUUGACAAGACUUAAUUUAAGUGGUUGCUCAAGCUUGACAAGCCUACCACAUGAAUUGACAAAUCUUUCUUCCUUGAUACACUUUUAUUAAAAGGUUGUAUAAGAUUGACAAGCUUGCCAGAUGAAUUGAUAAAUCUUUCUUCUUUGACAAAACUUUAUUUGAUUGAUUGCUCAAGCUUGACAAGCUUGCCACAUGAAUUGACAAAUCUUUCUUCCUUGAUAGAACUUGAUUUGAUUGGUUACUCAAGCUUGACAAGCUUUCUACAUGAUUUGACAAAUCUUUCUUCUUUGAUAAAACUUUAUUUGAUUGAUUGCUCAAGCUUGACAAGCUUGCUACAUGAAUUGACAAAUCUUUCUUUCUUGACACACUUUCUUUGAAAAGUUACGUAAGCUUGAUAAACUUGCCAUAUAAUUUGAUAAAUCUUUUUUUUCUUGAUAGAACUUGAUUUGAAUGGUUGCUCAAGCUUGAUAAGCUUUCUACAUGAUUUGGCAAAUCUUUCUUCUUUGACAAAAAUUUAUUUCAUUAAUUGCUCUAGCGUGAUAAGCUAGCUAUAUGAAUUGACAAAUCUUUCUUCUUUGAUAAUAUUUUCUUUGAAAGGUUGUACAAGCUUGAUAAGCUUGCAACAUGAAUUGACAAAUCUUUCUUCCUUGACAAAACUUGAUUUGAAUGUUCCUCAAGCUUGACAAGCUUGCUACAUAUACUAGUAAAUCUUUCUUCUAUGAUAGAUCUUGAUUUGACUAGUUACUCAAGCUUGACAAGUUUACCAUGUGAAUUAGCAAAUCUUUCUUCUUUGAUAAAACUUAAUUUGAAUGGUUGCUUAAGCUUGACAAGCUUACCAAAUGAAUUAGCAAAUCUUCUUUCUUUGACAGAACUUGAUUUGAGUGGUUGCUCAAGCUUGGGUAGCUUGCCACAUGAAUUGGCAAAUCUUUCUUCCUUGAUAGAACUUGAUUUGAUUGGUUGCUCAAGCUUGUCGAGCUUACUACAUGAAUUAGAAAAUCUUUUUUCCUUGAGAACACUUGGUUUGAGUGGUUACUCAAGCUUGACGAGCUUGUCCUAUGAAUUGGCAAAUCUUUCCUCUUUGACAUUAUUUUAUUUUUAAUUGUUGGUGAAGCUUGACAAGCUUGCUAAAUGAAUUUACAAAUCUUUCUUUUUUGACAAUACUUGAUUUGAGUGGUUGCUUAAGCUCGACAAGCUUGCGAAAUGAAUUAACAAAUCUUUCUUCCUUGAGAAUCCUCGAUUUGAGUGGUUGCUCAAGCUUGACAAGCUUGCUACAUGAAUUGGCAAAUCUUUCUCCUUUUACAAAACUUGAUUUGAGUAGUUGCUUAAGUUUAAUAAGCUUGCUACAUGAUUUGGCAAAUCUUUCUUCUUUGACAACAUUUGAUUUAGAAGAUUACUUUUCAAUUAAGAAGAAUUCUUUUGUUGGUAGAAGUAAAUUAUACUAUUUUUAGUAGAAAGAAUAAAGAAUACCUAUGCAAUUAUAAAGCAAGAAUGUGGAAGAAGAAAUUUGAUUUAAAGUUUAAAAAGGUCCAUCUUAUGGAAUUAGACUAUCCAACAGAGCUAUUUUAGAAGCAAUGUAAGCAAAGAUUGUCACUAAGCUCUUAAGCAUGGAGGUGAUAGGACUUGUCAACAAUCACUAGUUUAUUUGUAGUGUAUCAGUAUUGUAUCAAUAUUAUAUCAAUAUUAAAUUAAUAUUAUAUUAAUAUCAUAGCUUAUAUUAUAUUUGGAUUAUUUUUAGUCAUAUACAAAUCAUAUCCAUAUUGUAUCUAGAUCAUAUAAUACUAGAAUUUUGAAUAUUUUAGAUUCCUUUUAGAUACUCUUAAGAUAUUAUAAAUGAUGAUUAAUUGAUAUUCCUAAGAUACCUUUUAUAUUGAA